AUGAAGGAUCUGGGAGAACUCAAGGAUUUUUUAGGUAUAGAAUUUGCAAGAUCUGAACAAGGUAUAACCAUGCAUCAAAGGAAAUAUGCUCUAGAAGUUAUAUCUAAAUCAAGGAUGUCAGCUGCAAGGCCAGCAAUUACUCCAAUUGAUACCAAUAUUAAACUGACUACAAAGCAGUAUGAUGAGCACAUUGAAGUCAAGGAUGGAGUUAAGGCAAGUGGGGAUCCUCUAGCUGAUCAAGAAACUUAUCAAAGGUUAAUUCGAAAGCUGUUGUACCUAACAGUGACUAGACCAGACAUAGCAUUUGCAGUUCAAACUUUGAGUCAAUUUUUACAACAACCUAAGAAGACUCAUAUGGAUGCAGCUUUGAGGAUUGUCAAGUACAUCAAACAAAGUCCAGGACAUGGCUUGCUUCUAUCCAGCAUCUACACGAACAGUGUCACAGCCUAUUGUGAUGCAGACUGGGCAGCAUGCUUACUAACCGGAAAAUCUGUUACUGGAUAUAUGGUCAAAGUUGGGAAUUCCGUAGUCUCUUGGAAAUCAAAAAAACAAACUACAGUAUCAAUUAGUUCAGCUGAAUCUGAGUAUAGAAGCCUAGCUACUACUGUUGCAGAAUUAGCAUGA